AUGUCUUCUUCUUCUAAUAAUAAUUCCACACCUGCAAUAUCAUCAGAUAAUCAAUUACCAUUUGGGAUGUUCGAACCAAUCCGAACACCAACAGGUUAUUCUUGGUUACAACGUAACACAGCCAUAUGUCAGCCGAGCGAGAAACGAGGACGUCGUAAGCAAACCGAGCCCGGUCGGUUCCUUGGAGUAAGACGUAGGCCGUGGGGUCGUUAUGCGGCAGAAAUCCGUGACCCCACGACUAAAGAAAGACAUUGGCUUGGAACGUUUGAUACCGCUCAAGAAGCUGCUUUGGCUUACGAUAGAGCGGCACUUUCUAUGAAAGGCACUCAAGCUAGGACUAAUUUUAUUUACACUAGUGAUAGUGCUAAUACUAAUUUCCCUUCACUUAUUUCACCUUUUGAACAUGUCCAAAACAUGUUGAACCCUAAUACACAUUUCAACUUCAAUACUCCUAUGAGUAACAACAACGUUAUCAAGAACACCAAGACUAAAAUCAUCACCACCACCACCAAUUCUGAUGAGUCAUCGUCGUAUGGCUCAUCACCUAACGAGAACAACAACUUCGUCUUUUUAAGUGAUGACGAUAACAUGAAUAAUACAAAUUCAGGUUAUUUAUUAGAUUGCAUUGUUCCCGAUAGCUGCUUGAAACCACCACCACAACAACCUUCUUCUACUCCUCAGAGUAAAAUGAUCAUAAAAAAUCGUGAAGAAGAGAACAAUGAUCUUCAAAACACUUUUUAUGGUACUAAUGGAUUCUUCGAUGAAGAAAAAUACAUGUCGUCAUGGGAGAGUACUUGUGAGUUAUCAGCCAUGACGAUGAUGAAUAAUAGCAACAUGAAUCAAAUGAUGGAUGACGUGGCAACUGGAAGUUAUUAUUAUCCAAAUAUGGAGAUUAAUAAUGCAGCUAAUUUUGAUCAUAAUAAUGAUCAGCUGAUGAUGAUGCCUAAUCAUGAAACUACUAAUGCUGCUGCUACUACUUUUGGUGAUGUUGAAUUUGGAUACACUACUCUAUUUUGA